AUGGUAAACGCUACGCAGGUUUCAUAUUUCAUAUUGAGUGCCUACUUUGACACUGGGGUUCUCAAAUAUUUCUACUUUGUUAUUAUUAUGUCUUUGUAUAUUUUAAUUGUUUGUUCCAAUGUUUUGCUGAUUGCUGUUAUCUGUAUGAACAGAAGCUUACAUGAACCUAUGUACCUUUUUCUGUGCAGCCUGUUUGUAAAUGAACUGUAUGGUAGUACAGGGUUGUUUCCAUUCCUUCUGGUUCAGAUCCUCUCUGACGUUCACACUGUUUCUGCUCCACUUUGUUUCCUGCAGAUUUUCUCUGUGUAUUCGUAUGUGUGUGUAGAAUUUUUAAACUUAGCCAUCAUGUCUUAUGACAGAUAUCUCGUUAUCUGUUAUCCUCUACAAUAUAAUACUCGUAUGACAUUUACCAAGGUUGCCGUACUUAUUGCUCUAACGUGGUUAUUCCCAUUUCUUGCUAUUAUUGUCUUGAUUUCAUUGAGUGCACCUCUACAGCUGUGCGGGAACAUCAUUGACAAAAUUUACUGUGGAAACUACUCCAUUGUUAAACUGGCCUGUUCUGACACUCGAGUCAAUAACAUUUAUGGGCUCCUUUACACUGUCAUCUCAAUCAUCGUUCCUCUCAUUUUAAUUAUUUACACUUACUUGAAGAUUCUUAGAGUUUGUUUCUCUGGCUCUAAACAGACCAGACAUAAAGCUAUCAGUACCUGCACACCUCACCUUGCUUCUCUGCUCAACUUUUCUUUUGGUGGGUUUUUUCAAAUAUUGCAGAGCAGAUUUGAUAUGAGCAAUGUACCCAAUAUGUUGAGCAUUUUAUUAUCCUUAUACUUUCUAACAUGCCAGCCUCUCUUUACCCCAGUACUAUACGGGCUGAAAAUGUCCAAAAUCCGCACCAUGUGUAAACGUCUAUUGUGUGGUGAAAUGUAG